AGUCACACAGUUCUCUGAGAUAAAACACCUUUGACGUUAACGUUGAAAGAAUGUUACGAAUUGGAAAACGGGCUAAAGAAAUACUGCUGAUAUUCGGGCUGUGUAUAUCCAUUGUGGCAACGCACACGGAACAUCAAAAGUUCAUUCUAUCUGGAAUUCAGAGAAUUCUUAGGACAAAUCAACCGGGAGCGAUUACUUUGUUGAAUGAAAAUGCUUUUCCCAUUCUGGCGGGAACAAACGGAGGAGUUUUGAGAUCACACGUUGCAGGAGCCGAAUAUGGAGCAGGGAGAAUAAUUGCACAUUCACAUUCAGACUCUCUCCUACGAACAAACAUGCCAAUAGAAUACGACAACCGUAAACUACUCAGUAACAGCAUUGAUUGGUUGGGAAAGAAUGGAACCGGAACAAUUGGAGUGUUUCCGAGUUGGCCACCACGUAUAAACUUCCUAACUGAACUUGGUUAUGAAACACAAGUGCUGUCAGCGGAAGACUUCAAUAAUCCAACAUAUUUGGAACAGUUCUACGUUUUAAUAGCUGGAGGAAAUGUUAACGCAACGAGCCUGAGAAACUAUGUUCGAAACGGUGUUGGUGGACUUAUGAUUGCGGCAACAGCUUGGACCCACAACAAUGUAAACAAUAUGGAAUCGUUUUAUGCAAAUGUUGUGCUGCGAGAUACUGGCCUAUUCUACAUCGGCUAUUAUCGUCCCUAUGGAACAAUGGACUGUAAUAAUCUAAGCGGUGGAUGUUACAACGCUUCCACAGAAUAUUUGAAAGACACACACUCCGUCCACGUUUGGAAUGAACUGAAGCAAUUAAAUUCAAAUCAAACACAUCUACCACGCAAUCGAACCCAGCAAGUUAUGCAGAUACUUAGAGAUCGAUUGCGUUAUGCACCCAAUGACGAUGUAUUCAACAGAGAUAUUAAUGAGGAACUGAAGAAACUUCCAACGUUUGUGCCGACAGCUACAAAUCCAGUAACUACUGAAAAGGAAAAACAAUUUCUUGUCGUUCAUCGAUUUCUAUGCGAAUUUCUGAUUAACGAGGUUGGAUUAACGAGCGACAUUCCACCUCAUCCUUCAGCCGUGUCAUUUCCAGGAGAUGUUGUUACCUCUGACGGGGAACGCUUAUCGCAUCUGAUACAAAUUCCAUUAGACGUCAUAGAAGUGAACACAAGAGGGACUGCUUGGUACAGUACAGGAUUAUACGCUCGACCAGGAGAUGAAAUUCACAUUGAAGUGUUAAAUGCAACCAAUUGGGAAUUUGAUCUGGAUGUUCAAAUUGGGGCACACACCGACAAUCUGGAACAUUUAUCAAGUUGGAGAAGGUGUCCCAACAUAGUCUUUCGAAACAAAAUCUUAAAUAACAGAGCGAGUUUGGCUAACCCGUUCGGCGGACCUAUCUACAUUCUUCUUAACAACAACAACAAUGGAAUGCUACAACUAUCAAUAACCGGAGGAAUUCGAUCACCCACCUAUUUUAUGGGAAAAACACUUGUCAGCCAAUGGCAAAAUGAGAUCAGAAAUAGUACAGCUCCGUGGGGUGAGUUAAUCGGACAAAAUUUGAUAAUUCUUACACAGAACCACCACCUGUCCCAGAUUGACGACCCUGAAGCGAUAAUUGAUUUUUGGAAUCGCGUCCUAGAUGCUAUAUCCGAUCUGGGAGCUCUGCCUCGUGAAAGAGUGAAAUCCGAAAGAUUCGUGGCCGACGUUCAAAUCUCGAGUGGAUUGAUGCAUAGCGGAUAUCCAAUUAUGUACUUAUUAUCCGACCAAAACAAGCCUCUGCGCAUUUCUGAGUUUAGAACACCCCUAUCGAGAUUGUGGGAUCACUUACGUGAACUGGGCAGAAACCAUCAGAAAACCGAUUGGACAUUCUCAGGCACUGAAGACGUUACUUGCAACUUAUUCGUCUUGUACGUCAUGCACAACAUUCUAUUGGCUCCUACGAACCAAACACACUUUAAUCUCAGCGAUCCUAUUGCAGCUCAAUCAGUGAGACAAUAUAUCAACGAUGGAAAGCAGUUCUCAGAUUGGAAGUCGAGACCGUUUCUUGCACUGUUGACGUACAUUCAGCUACAGGAGCAUUUCGGAUGGUCGGCAUAUCAAAGAGUUUUUAGCAAUUACAACCAACUAACUGAAGGUGAACGACCCAAAAAUGACCAAGAAAAAAUGGAUUUGUGGAUGAUAAUGUUCUCGAGAGUCGUAGAAAAGAAUCUGACCCCGUUCUUUACUUCGUGGGGAUUUCCAAUUAGUCCAGGAGCGGAAUCCAAAGUAGAGGACCUUCCUAGCACCACUCUUCGCAUCAGGGAUCCGUAAUUCGUUCGUAUAACUGCUAUUAGCACAGGAGUUUCGAGUGUUUCACUAGAAGCUGUCGGUUCAAGUAAAAAUAAAUAGAUUUUGAGUCCAAAGUUAUUUUGUUAGUAGACUAUUAUGAUCUGAGCGGGGAGAGUAGUUAAACCAUCGUCCUCUGGGUUUCGCUACUUUUACUACUUUUACUUAUACUCCUAAACUAGAGCUUCUUAUGGUAACCGAUAUAACAGGAAGGAUCUUCUUGUAUUUUCUACUUCUAUGUAUGAUGUACAUAGGACUAGUCGUAAGCUUGUAUAAGGCGGAGUAGGACAAGCUUACGACGUGUCCUAAAAAUUUUGUUUUCAUCACGAGUUACGAACUAUGGCUUUUGUGUCUUAAGGAUCAUAAUGAGACGAAACCACAACAACAUAAACAUAGAUAUCACUCUACACCAAUUUCAUCAACUAUCAUGCACACUCGAUUGCGUCCGAAAAUUAUAUACGAAACUCCAUUGUCGGCCGGAGAGAGCGUCAGUGAAAGUUACUUUCACGAUCGGAAAUACGUCUCUCUGAGAAGUACUGAAAAAUUGACUGACGAAAAACGUCGAAUUAUGAUCGUAAUGUAUAGUUUCCACUUAAAAAGAGCACUCCGUUUAG